UCAACAUAACGCAUCAGCAAUCGGUAGGUGCACAUUAAUUAAGGAAUCGCUUGAAAUUUUCAUCCAUUUCCGGCGGAAAAAUAAAUAAAAUGCAGCAGUCCCUAGUGCUCUAUUCUGGCCUUUUUGCUGCCCAGCAAAAGUUCGGAAGCGAACAUUACAACACCAGUGCAGUUUCUGGCGAUCAAAACAUGCAGUUCUUCAAGCAAACUUUCCAGCAACCUUUGCAGUACGGGCUACCCGGGUAUGGUCAGCCCAUCAGUGCCGCUGUGGAAAAACACUCAUCGGCUAGUACCAAUCCGUGGCCAUCUGAUGAAUAUUACGUAAAUUCAUCAAAUGGUUGUAUUCCCGUUGCCCAGGAGUCGUUGACCAUAGCUGAUAUGCUUCCAAUUCAAAGCUAUCAGCAGUUGAUCCAGUUGGAAAAUCGAAUAGUAUCCGCGCAGCAGUAUGAAUGUUUGAUAUCACAUCUUCAAGUCCUCACAAUUCGACACAAUGGUACGCUUGGAGAUAUGUUGCGAAAUUUUAUCGCGGACCAAGUGCUGGGACGGAUUGGUUUCGCUCGAACAAAGAAUGGAAAAUAUGACUGCGCGAUGAGGAGCGAUCUCCAAAGGAUUAUGAUGGCCAUCAAAGCCUCAUGGUUCCCAGCGCAGGAUCAAAACACAUUCGAACUCCAGAUGGCUCAAUUGCUCAAAAAUGCUCAUAGUCGUUGCAAAUCAAAACCUGGUGAUACUAUUGAAGGUCCUGUUGUGGCCAGCCCUGCUUCGUCAAAAGAUCAAGAGGCUCCGCAUGAUGUUGAAGACAAAAGCCGAGUGCCCACUCAAUCAGCGCCGCAAUCAGAUUUGCAAUGUUUGCAAAAUCAAUGGUACCGAUAUGCGAUUUACUAUCGGGAUCGGUAUCAGAUCGCUAGGAAGGCAAACCAGAAAAUGAAAACGGACUAUACCGAACAGGAGAAAGACUACAAGAAGCGCAUUUCCGUUUGCCUCAAGCGAGUUCGGAUUAUGGAGCGGUACAUGGAUGCCUUGGAACAGCGCGUGCGUUCGUUGGAACGGAGAUAAAGAUUUGUGAUUUGUGUGCGAUAAACACAUAAAUGUUGCGGUUUGUAUGUUUUAUCUUUAAUCUACUGCUUUUCAUUUCAUUCCAUUUUGCAAUUUUUAUCCUUGUAUAAUGUAAUCCAAAUUUGGUUUCAGUUCUCAGCUAAGUUGAUUUUACCCUUACCAAAAAAAUAAUAUUAUU